AAUACGAACGUAGUUGCGCGUUUAGGUGGUAAAUAGUAAUAUCAAAACCGACUAAUAACAUGUAUUCUGCAAUACUAAUUUAGAAGACCUAAUAUAAUGUGUUGUGUAGUUGUAUUGAUGGGACCAUAGUCGUUUAUAUUGUAUUGCAGUACAUAUUAUAGAGAUCGUUUUAAAAAUGAAGUACUUCUCUGAUUAAGUUAAAAAUAAAUUCAUUCCUUAUAGAUAUUUUUUAGUGUUUAUAAUACAAUACAGAUAAAUUAUACUUACACGUUUGUCAAUUUAAUGUAAAAUGUUAUUUAGUGUUUAGUGACGUUCAUUUGAUUUAUCUAAUAUAUUAUUAAAUAUUUUCGCUUCAACAUUAAUACUUCAUUGGCUAUUAAAAUGACGUAUUCCUGGUUAAUAUAUUUAUGUUUAAUUUUUGGAAUAGGCGUUUUUUGUGACAGAAAACUUGAAAGACGACAAACUGUAUCAUCUUGCACAGUAAAUCAUGAAGAUGCGUUUAAUUGUUCAAAUGGACUAUGCAUCGACAUCUCCGCUGUUUGUGAUGGUCGUGCGGAUUGUUCAGAUGGUUCAGACGAGACCAACAAUUUGUGUUCUAGACAAACAUGCCGAAGUUUUGCAUAUCGAUGUAAAUAUGGAGCUUGUGUAGAUAAAAAUGCAAAAUGCGAUGGUAAAAAGGAUUGUUUCGACGGAUCUGAUGAAAACUUACCUGAAUGUAUACAAACCCCCGCAAACAGUACUCAAAAUUCUAAUAAUCCAUCUAAAUGCCUCGAUGACCAGUAUAAAUGUAAAUCUGGUCAGUGCAUUGACGGAACAUCAAUUUGUGAUGGAAUUAUAAAUUGUGGAGAUAGGUCUGAUGAGACUUUUGAAUUAUGUAAAACAAUUCGGUGUCCAAAGUAUACAUUUCGAUGUAAGUAUGGGGCUUGUAUCAGUAAAAAGAAUAAAUGUGAUGGCCUAAAACAGUGUGCAGAUGGAUCUGAUGAAGAACAAUGCCCGGAUUCUAAUAAAAUCACUGUACCAACAACACAAAAACCAACAACACCCACUACUGAAAAAAUGACACAGAUUACUACAAAGAAUUUUUGCGUUUUACCAAUUGUCGAAGGAGUUAUAUAUUCUUACGAAGGUUCAAAUGAAAUUUUAUCUCACGGGUCGAAGAUUGACCAUUUUCGAACUGUAAUUGAAAACUGUGAAGUUGGAUAUCAUAUGACUUAUCCCAAAAGUUAUAGGCUUUGUCAGGGAAAUGGAAAAUGGACAUCGACUGUUGAAAAACUAUGUAUCAAAAAGUGUCCGCCUCUAAUAUCAGAUAGUUUAAAUAUUAAAUGUACUAUAAAUGGUAAUUAUGCCAAUUGUUCAAAUCCAUCAGUAAAUGGUACAAAAGCAAUACCAUCAUGUAAGCCAACACAUAGACUACCAAACGGAGGAGAAGAGACUCCAAUUGAAUUACGUUGUCAGUCUGAUGGAAUGUGGAAUGAUCAGCUAUAUAAAUGCGUUCCAUAUUGUGGUAGACCUUAUAACGCUAGCAAGACAUUGAUCGAUAAUGGUGUCAAAGCUAAAGUUGGAACAGCUCCUUGGAAUGCUGGAAUUUAUCAAUUAAAUAAAGAUAAUUACAAGUAUGACAUGAUAUGUGGAGGAUCAUUGAUUUCUUCAAGUUUAGUUGUUUCUGCGGCUCAUUGUUUUUGGCAAAAUGGUAUGUUAUCUAAUAGAAUAUCAAUAAACAAUGGUCUAUAUAGAAUUGCUGUUGGGAAAUAUUAUAGAAACUACACAGUUAUUGACAAUGAUUUUACUCAAAUAUUGGAUGUGGAAACAAUUUAUCUACAAGAAGACUAUUAUGGGUAUCAUCGGCACUAUUCUCAUGAUAUAGCAGUUAUCGUGUUAUCAAACAGAGUUAAUAUUAGUCUUGCUGUUGCAGCAGCUUGUGUUGAUUGGGAUGGUAGAUAUAUUGUAACAAAUGAAACUCAAGGAAAGAUUGUUGGUUGGGGAAUUACAGAAAAUGACACACCAAGUCCAGUUUUAUUAGAAGCAACUUUACCGUACAUUGAUUAUAAUUCUUGUCGAAGCAUGUAUAAAAAUGGAUUUGAACAGUUUGUAACUUUUGAUAAAUUUUGUGCCGGAUCUGCAUCAGGACAAGGUGUUCGAGAAGGUGACAGUGGUGCAGGCUUGACGUUUUUACAUUCUGAUUUUUAUUAUUUAACCGGAAUAGUUAGUCUAAAAGAUCCAAAUACAAAAAAUUCAAUUGCAGUAUUUACAAAUGUUAGGUUCUACAUUAAAUGGCUUCGUGAACUGUAUAAUAAAUAUAGUUCUUAUGAAAGUGACAAUAUGCUGGAUACCAAAAAUGCAUGUGUUUUACCAACUACCGAUGGAGUAAUAUAUUCUUAUGAAGAUUCAGAUAAAAUUUUAGCUCAUGGGACAUUAAUUAAGCAGCAUCGUGUUGUAAUUGAGAACUGUGAAGUUGGAUAUCAAAAGGCUUAUCCAAGUGGUCUUAGGAUUUGUCAGGGAAAUGGAGAAUGGAUAUUGAAUUCUAAGAAUUUGUGUUUCAAAAAGUGUCCACCUCUAUUAUCAGAUAGUUUAGAUAUUAAAUGUACUCUAAAUGGUAACCAUGUUAAUUGCUCGAGUCCGUCUAUACCCAAUACAAUAGCAAACGCAUUGUGUAAGCUAACACGCAGACUACCAAAUGGACAAGGAGGUCCUCCAAUUGAAUUACGUUGUCAGUCUAACGGAACGUGGAAUAAUCAACUAUAUGAAUGCACUACAUAUUGCGGUAGACCGUAUACCAGGGACCAAUUAUUGAUCGAUAAUGGUAAUACUACAGCACAAGUUGGAACAGCACCUUGGAACGUAGGAAUAUAUCGAUUUGAUAAAGCUAAUUCAGAGUAUGACUUGAUAUGUGGAGGAUCACUAAUCGCUCCAAAUUUAGUCGUUUCUGCGGCUCAUUGUUUUUGGAAUAUAAGUAUGCCGCGUUUAUUUAUAGUUGAAAUGAUGAAAGGUUCAAUCAAAGUAGCUGUUGGAAAAUUUACUAGAAAUUAUACGGUUAUCGACAAUGAAUUUACUCAAAUGAUGGAUGUGAAAGAAAUUCAUCUGAAUAGAGGUUAUAAUGGAAAUGAUGAGGCUCGUGCUAAUGAUAUAUCUGUUAUCGUGUUAAAAGACAAAGUUACUAUUAGUGCUGGUGUUGCACCAGUUUGUAUGGAUUGGAAUUGUGCCAAAGUAUGGCAAGUACCAUAUGGAACACGAGGAAAGAUUGUUGGUUGGGGAAAAACGGAAAAUGACACACUAAGUCCCGUUUUAUUAGAAACAACACUGUCGUCCAUCGAUCAAGAGUCUUGUCGAAUGAUGUACUAUGGAGAUAAAUUUCAAAUGUUUGUGACUGAUGAUAAGUUUUGUGCCGAGUCUAAAGGAGGACAAGGCGUUCAUCAAACCGACAGUGGUGCAGGCUUGACGUUUUCACAUUCUGAUUUUUAUUAUUUAGCUGGAGUAUUGAGUGUUAAGGAUACAAAUCCAGACAAUCCAAUAGUAAUUUUCACAGAUGUUCUGUAUCACAUUGAAUGGCUUCAUGAUAUGUAUAACAAAUAUAUUUCUUAAGAAAGUGACAAUAUAUCUAAAUUAAAUAUGAUGGUAAUUAAAUUAAAAAUGAUUUAUUCUAUACAUAGUUUAAACCAAUAUCUAUGUGAAUAGAUUCUUACAUUUCUACAAUAAUUUAUAACAGUUCAUUUUUAACAAUUGUUUGUUUGGUCUAUACUUAAUACCACAUAACCAUUAACCAUAUAGAUAAUAUCUAAGUAUGUAUUUUACU